AUGAAAGAGUUCAUUAGCGUUUGUGUUCAGAAUCCAAGGCUGCAUAAAAGUGACUUCUGGCACACGCACAUCGACUAUGAAAUCUGUGUACAUACCAAUAGCAUGUGUUUUCGAAAGAAGACUUCCUUUGUGAGGCGGCGUUACAGUGAGUUUGUCUGGCUGCGGAACUGUCUGGAACAGAAUGCUCUGAUCAUAGAGUUGCCCAGGUUGCCCCCCUGGAACCCGUUCUUCAGCCUAAAGAACACAGAGCAAGUGAACCAGAGGAUGAAGGGUCUGCAGGAGUUUUUAGAAAUUGUUCUUCACACGCCCUUGUUGUUAUCUGACAGUCGGCUCCAUCUGUUCCUCCAGUCAGACCUGAGCACAGCAAAGAUUGAAAGGUGUGCUCGUGGUAAGACCAGGUACACAGUGGCUGAAGCCAUACAGCGUUCCAGCAGCGGUUAUAUCAGUAGAAUCGAAGACAAAGCUUCUUUUGACUCAGACUAUGAAAGUAGCUCUUCAUCGUCAGGCUUGGGACUAAGUCUUGACACUUCAGUGCAAGGAGACACCCUCCUUAUCUUACAGUCGUCUGUCAAAGACCCAGAGCUGUGUAGCUGCCUUUCAGAGUCGUCCAGCCCACACACUGAGCGUUAAUGCACUGAAGUUGUACUGCCCUUCCCUCCAGACGUAGGUUAUCCAUGGACUUACCUGGCUGAUACUCCACUGAGCUCUUAAUAUUCUUAACCUCCAAAGAGCAAAAAGCUUUGUUUUACUUUUGUUGAGUUCAUUCCGCCAUUUGGACAUUUGUUUUAUUAAUCUGCCUCACAUAUCUAUUAAAUCAGUGUCUGAGUCAUUUAAAUGUGUACUUGAAAAAAAAAUCUUUUCAUGUUUUAAAAAUGUACAGUAAGUCCAGAUGUUAUAAAAUCUUAAAUAUUUCCUAUGUAUAUUUUUAUUAAUGUGCUAAAGUACAGCUGUUAAGGGAUCAUUUGAA